AUGGAGGCGUUUCGUCGGCAGCUCGUGAUUCGCCGCAAAGUGGUGGAGCGAAUUUUUAAGGAUUUAAUUUGCUACAGAGAAGAAGUCCUAGAGCACCAGCAAGUGCUGCAGCAAAUGCAGGCAGCAGGAAGAGAAGAAAGCGACAUUCGACAAAGACAAAAUGUGCUGCUGGAGACGCAGCUAAUGCUGCCAAACUCUGAACAAAGACUUGCUGCUGCAUGCAAAGAGUUGGGGCUGCUGCUGGCGGACAACAGCGCGGCGGUCGGCCCUGCGCUGCAGCAGCUGCAGCAGCAGCAGCAGCAGCAGCAGCAGCAGCAGGCAGCAGCAGCGGGGGCUGAGGCCUGGCUGCUCGAAGAACUCAAAACAAUUAAAAGUCUCUUCGCUAAAAUCAAAGCAGCAGCACCUAACAUUGAGCUGCCGCUGCAGGCCCUCGAGCCCCCGCAGCAGCAGCAGCAGCAGCAGCAGCAGCACGAAGAAGAAGAUAUUUAG